UGGUCCAGCGCGUCUGAGCCAGCGGCGGUCUUGCAUCCCCUUGCAUCCAGCGACGUCGGUCCGAGCGUCGCGACGGUCCCUCCUUGUACGGGACGACGUGUUACAGGCGUCCGGUGCGCAGUGUUGAACGUUCAAAGAACGGCCGUUUGAUGACCGGAACGUCAUUUUAGUUUGCCGAAGAGUUACCGAACUUCUGGAUCGGUAUCUUUGAUGAAGGGAUGUUUUGAACUGGACUGUUUGAAGGGAGUUUGACAAUGAGGUUUCUUUGGGGAUUUGUCGAUCUUUUUGCCGUUAUUUGUUUUGCUGGAGUUGCACAUUCGCUCAAAGAUGUGGUUUUGGAGAUAGAACCACGCGUCGUUCAUCUGGGCGCGUACUCAACACUCAGCUGCAGAUACGAUCUGGAAGACGCACCUCUUUACACCGUCAAGUGGUAUCGCGGUCACCAUGAGUUCUACAGAUAUACGCCAAAGGAAUUCCCCAGCACGAAGAUAUUUCCAUUUGACGAUUUGCAUGUUGACCUGGUCCACUCCAACGAACGCCAGGUGGUCCUGACUGAAGUUGGCUUCAACCUAUCUGGAAACUUCAGUUGCGAAGUGACCACAGAUGCUCCCAGCUUUUCUACCAGAGUGGUCUCAACGGAUAUGUUAGUUGUUGUGCUUCCGUCUAAUCCUCCGACCCUAACGACUGAGAGGACUUUUUACGACAGUGGAGACGUGCUCAGAGCUAAUUGCAGUUCACCGCCAUCUAGACCGGCUUCUACGUUGACGUUUUAUUUGAAGGGUGUACAGAUUUGCGAAAUGUGCACGACGAGAAAAGCAUCAGCCGGAGAUCUAUUCCACAGUGAAAAUUACCUGGAACUGCCGUUGUUUCCAUCUCAUUUCCAACAGAACCGUCUCACGCUAAAGUGUGUAGCUGAGAUUGGAAAUUUAUAUCAGCAGUAUGCUGAGCUCAACCUCUAUAAUGUCCACGAUCCCAUCCCCGCCCGAGUUAUGCAGAACUCCGCAGUCUGCUACAACUUGGCCAUAAUGAAUAUAGUGAUGAUAUUACUCUACCUAUUUACGUAAGUGAAUGUCCAUAAUUUGUGUUAAAUGGAAUUUAUCAAAAGGGACAAUGCCCUAUUGUGAUCGACUGAAUGGCAAUUAUUAUAGUGAAUAUUUAAGGAAAUUUUGUAAAAAUUUUAAUGCAAUAUUGAAUUUGUAUGUUGAUGGAUGGUUGAUUAAAUUGAA